AUGAGUGCUCUGAGAAUCCAUAGAUGUGUUUCGGCAACUCGAAAGCCCUUGAGUCGAGUCUUUCCACGUUUUGCGUCCACGAAUAAUACACCAGAGACCACUCAGAGUGAAGAUUCACACCAGGAUGAAGUGUUCGUUAUGCGUCAAAAACACUUUAAUGAUCAAAUAGUAUCUCAAUUGAAGGCAUUAUCUGAGACCCCGUUAGAUAAAAUUGAUGGUUUACAAAAUGUUACGGAUCAACCGUUAACAGAGAAGGAGAAACAACUAGAUGAAGAAUUAACAGAUUUCUUAACGAAAUAUUCACAAUUGAACAAAUUGAUCAAUAAUGAAGAUGUGAAUGCUGGUGAUGCUGCUACUAGUAUCAAUGGUAAAAUUGCUUCUCAUCAUAAAAAGUACCCAUAUUUGGUUCCCUCUUCGAGAGAUAAACCAUAUACUUCACAAGAAUUAUUCCUAAGACAAAUGAAGCAUUCAUCUCAUACCGCCAGAUUGGGUGCUAAUAUUGAACAAGUUUACUCACCACAUAAGGACGUGCAUAAUCCAUUACCUGCAGAGAAAGUUUCUGUCAAUAAGCUUUUGGAGGCUGGUGUACACUUGGGACAAUCAACGUCGAUUUGGAGACCAUCUACACAACCUUUUAUCUAUGGUGAAUACAAGGGUAUUCAUUUGAUUGAUUUAAACAAAACCCUUUCAUCUUUGAAAAGAGCCGCUAAAGUGGUGGAAGGCAUUUCUGAAAGAGGUGGUGUGAUUUUAUAUGUGGGGACCAGAGAGGGUCAAAAGAGAGCUUUAGAAGAAGCCGCCAAGAGAACAAAUGGGUAUUAUAUUUCCACAAGGUGGAUUCCAGGUACUUUAACCAAUUCAACGGAAAUUUCUGGUGUUUGGGAAAGACACGAGGUAGAUUUCGCUGAUAAACCUACCAACAGAGAGUUGACACCGGCUGAGACUUCGGGAAUCUGUAAACCAGAUCUUAUCGUUGUUUUGAACCCAACGGAAAAUAGAAAUGCCCUUAGAGAAUCCAUGCAAGCAAGGGUCCCAACUAUAGGUAUUAUUGAUACUGAUUCCGAACCAUCUAUGGUUACUUAUCCAAUUCCUGGUAAUGACGAUUCGUUACGUUCCGUUAAUUUAAUACUGGGAGUUUUGUCUAGAGCUGGUCAAAGAGGUCGUCAAAACAGAUUGGCCAAGUUUUCUACUGAUCUUGAAUAA